AUGUCAUUUGGAGGUAGCAGUUCAGCUGCGAAAAAUGCAACAACCUGCAAGAGAUCGAAAACUGUGAAGCGACAUGCCAGCAUCUACACCUAUCCAGAACCACCCCACAGAAGCAUUGAUCAUGGUUUCCCUUAUGUGUGUUUCUUGUGGGGUCGGGCUAUUUUUAGCAACUCAGAUGAAGAUAAUGGGGAUGAGAAGGUCGACAGCAAUGAUCCGGAACAGAUCUUCCAGAACAUACAAUUUCAGAAGGAAAUUAUGGCCAACAUUCGUUGCAGGCCAUGGCCCAUGAGGCAAAAACUCCGAGCAUUGAGACAAGCUAAAGAGAUUGUAUUGAAGUACGAAGGUCGUCUGACUCGGACAAGAGGCUAUCAAGCUGCUGGAGCAGAGCUAUGGAGAAAAUUUAUUAGGCUUGCAUAUAACUUCAUGGUCAUCUUUAUUCCUUGGGAGAUGAGAAUCAAGAAAAUUGAAAGUCACUUUGGCUCAGGGGUUGCCUCUUACUUUAUCUUUUUGCGAUGGCUGUUUGGCAUCAACAUUGUUCUCACCACAAUGACAGGAGCCUUUGUGGUUUUGCCAGAAAUCUUGGCUGGAGAUGCUUUUGGAAGUACUCCCAACAAGCAGAUCCCCAGUGAUCAACUUCAUUCUGCACAGGAUCUGGAUACCAUCUGGUCUUUGGGGGGUUACCUUCAGUAUUCCGUUUUGUUCUAUGGAUACUAUGGGCAGACGAGGAAAAUUGGGAGUGCUGGUUACCGGUUGCCCCUUGCCUACUUCCUUGUCGGAAUGGCGGUGUUUGCCUACAGUUUUAUCAUUCUGUUGAAAAAAAUGGCCAAAAAUUCCAGAAUGAGCCUUGCCAGUGCUUCUGAUGAAAACUACACCUUUUGCUGGCGAGUGUUUUGUGCUUGGGACUAUUUAAUUGGCAACCCUGAAGCUGCAGAGAGUAAAUCCGCUGCCAUAGUGAACAGCAUCAGGGAAGCUAUAUUGGAAGAGCAGGAAAAGAAAAAGAGCACAAAUCUAGCGGUGACAAUAAGCUUAAGAAUCAUUGCAAACAUCUUGGUCCUUCUCUCACUGGCUGGAAGUAUUUACAUCAUUUAUUUUGUCGUGGAUCGAUCCCAGAGGUUGGAAAGGACGAAGACAGAGCUGACCUUGUGGGAAAAAAAUGAGGUGAGUGUGGUUGUCUCCCUGAUUACCAUGCUCGCACCAUCUGCCUUUGAACUGAUAGCUGCCCUGGAGAUGUAUCAUCCCAGAACUACGCUCCGCUUCCAGCUCGCCAGAGUGUUGGUCUUAUAUUUGGGAAAUCUCUACAGCUUGAUCAUUGCACUUCUGGAUAAAGUGGAUAGCAUGAGCAUUGUUAAGGCCGAGGUUCAUAAAAAUGGAAGCAACACCAUGGGUACCACCACCUUCUUAGCAGCAAAAACCCUCCUGGAGCACAACUUUUCAACCCCAAUUCCAAAUAUGCAAAUGAUUAAGAAUGGCACUUUCCUUCUAUCUGAGAAUCACACCCACAGCUACGCUCACCUGGUUGAAGUCAACAAUACAGCACCUUACGACGCCAACGGCGAAAGUCACAAAAAUCAAUGCUGGGAGACCUAUGUUGGUCAAGAGAUGUUGAAAUUGUCAAUUAUCGAUAUGCUGUUCACUGUGGCUAGCAUCCUCCUGAUUGAUUUUUUCCGUGGUCUUUUUGUCCGGUAUUUAAGUGACUGCUGGUGCUGGGAUCUGGAAAGCAAGUUUCCAGAAUAUGGGGAAUUUAAAAUAGCAGAAAACGUCCUGCAUUUGGUCUACAAUCAAGGGAUGAUCUGGAUGGGAGCCUUCUUUUCUCCCUGCCUUCCUGCAUUCAACGUUCUGAAGCUGAUCGGGCUGAUGUACCUAAGAAGCUGGGCAGUCUUGACCUGCAACGUCCCUCACCAGCAAGUCUUCCGUGCCUCAAGAUCUAACAACUUCUACUUAGCUAUGCUGCUAUUUAUGCUCUUUCUGUGCAUGCUCCCAACUAUUUUUGCAAUUGCUCGCUACAAGCCAUCUCUAAACUGUGGCCCAUUUAGCGGGCAAGAAAAAAUCUAUGACAUUGUGUCUGAAACUAUUCGAAACGACUUCCCUCCUUGGUUUAACUCUGUGAUGGCUUAUAUCAGUAGUCCCGUGGUGGUCCUUCCAGCUUUAUUAUUACUCUUCAUGCUAAUAUAUUACCUGCAGAGCAUUGCGAGGUCAUUAAAAUUCACCAACAACCAACUAAGGAUGCAGAUCCAAACAGAAAGAACGGAAGACAAGAAAAAAGUGGUCAAAAUGGCAGCAGCUAGAAUCCAAAACGUAGAAGGAAAUGGCAAGAGGCCCGAACAGGAGACUGACGGCAUCAGUCAGGAGUCUUCAGCUCGCUCCUCAACCCCUAGGAAAAAUGGCAGUGUAGUGAACUUUGAGUCUCCCAAACCCAGCCAGAUACAGACAAUAUCUCAAUCAGUUCCACCCCCUGAAAUUCUGAAAGCAGUGGGCCCAUCCCCAGCAAAGGAUAAUCCAGGUGUUCCAACGCCUGUAGCACCGAUACCUGUCACACCAACGCCUCCUAUUCCUGAGAUGGCGAAGCCUAGAACAGAACCUUCAAUCAACAGGUAA